UAGAUUUCGGCUGAUUUUUCUGAAAGGUGAUCCUAUGUCUGUAAGGCAUACUAUUUACUGUUAUCGAUAGCAGUGGUAGACUAUUAACCGAGGUAGUAUUACACCGUGAUAUUACGGCAAUAUGCCUCCUCUUUCUUAUUGCCUAUAUUUCUCGUAAAUCUUGUGUCUUUGUCAAUUGUCAUGUCGUGGGGUCGAUUUUCAUGGUUCGGGUCUCAUAAGAGUGAUUAUGAAGCAAUGCCGCUAAAGAAAGGACUGAAGAGUAGGAGUACCGAGAACUUGUCCCGAAACCAGAUAACCAACAACCGACUUGAUAAACACAGAUCUUCUUUCAAGCAAAAAGAUGACAAUCCAAUCUGUAAUCUGCCCCUACCUCUCUCCCUGACGCUUGGUAUCUCCUCUCUGAGUGACAGUAAACUUUACUCUUACCACAACAGCCAGGAGUUUCUAACCUUCCUUACCAAGAGUGCCCGGGACGUUGAGGAAGCGGAGAGAAACCACACCAUCGACACAGCUCUCACUCAAAUCAAAGAGUUAAAAACCCUGGUUGAAGAGAACACAAAGUUGUUGAGAUUUGUUCAGCACACCCAAGAAUAUAACCCCUCGAGCGAAAUAGACGACAUUAUGGUCUGCAACAUCAGCAAAACUCUCAAAGAACACCGGAGUGUCAUGGAGAAGAUGUGUGAACGAGCAAAGCAAUAUAAAAUACAACUCAUUCUGGCGGAAUCAGACCUUGACACCAACAACUCUCAGGAGAUGAAAGCAGACCUUUUAGCUAUGAACAAGACACUAUCAUGGAUGUCGAUGAUAAUCCGGUACCAUACAUGGGGAUCAAACGUAGCAGACGAGUCUCUGUACCACAGCGAUGAUGACGUCAUUAACCAGAAUAGAAAAUUAGGUCGAAGGAACUGUAUCCGUGUGCGAGAACGCCCCAAGUGGAGCGAGGAGACAGCCAUCACCUGCACCAUUACACCCCCAACCAAACCAGGACACAAACAACCCUCCUUACAAAUGAGCAACAGUCGCACCAACACCAAACAGACUUUUACCAAUGAUAAACUUUCCGUGCCAAGUUCAGGCAAACAGAUUUCUUUGAGCAGGAUUGCAUCUAAUGUUACGAGAAUAACCAAGGGUUGAAUUUUAGGUAUUUGAAUUAGUUUUUAGGGGUUAUAAAGUUAUUUAACUUAACGUUUCACAUGGUCAGUCAUGACAUGGGAUUAGCAUGUAAUAUUUAAUGAAUCCUGUAUACCCGGACUAAAAUAAGAUAGAAUUGUAUCAUGACUGCCGGAUUUUUAAUCCUAUUUACAGUUUUAUGAGUAUUAAAACAAUUUUAUAUGAGUUAUAGACGGCAAAGCAUUUCCUUGCAUGUGAUCAGAAUGAAUGAGUAGUAGUUGUAGUAGUAGUAGUAGUAGUAGUAUAAACUACAGAAUUACACAGUAGUUUACAAGGAUGUUUUUAAAGGUUUCCAGUUUUAUAGCUGUACAGAAUAGUAUAGUUACUAAGUAAUAACUAUGUAACUAUGCAGAAUAGUGCCAACCAGGGUUGAUGUUCUAUAGUCAAUACCUAGAUGUAGUACAAAUCAUUCUUUAUGC